AAAUUUAUUCAUAAUUCUUUAUUCAAAGAUGCAACUCAACUUGGCAUUCAGUUUGCUGCUGCUCGCUCUUUUGGCUGGCGCCCAGAGCAAACCCACAUUUGGAAAGAUAGCUGAAGUGAUGCUGGAUGUGCUAGACGGUAGACAUCAUUAUCAGCCAGCGCCUGUUUAUAGACCACCACAUGGACCACUUAUUCAGGAGGGCUACGAGCAUGGCUACGACUAUUACUACGGCGGAGGAGGUGGCGCUGGCUAUGCCCAACCUCCACCUGCUUAUGUGCAGCCAGCACCUUAUGGCUAUUAUCCUAGUCCUGCUCCCGUUAAAGGAUACCAGAGCCCACCACAACAUAGUUACGGCCAUGAAUUUGGCCACGAACAUGGCUACGAACACGGCUACGACCGCGGCUAUGCACAUGGCUAUGGAGGAGGAGCUGCAGCUGCUGGCCCAACAAUAGUGGGUGGCUAUAAACAACAGGGCUAUUAGCCUUGCAUACAUGCAUAAGUUAAUUGUACUUACAUAAUUUAUUAAACUUUUUGCCUUUUA